AUGAACUCCAGAACAUCUUUUCUCACAUUUCUCCUCUGUAUUUUCCUUUUCUUGCAUUUCUCACCCUCGAAUUCCAAAUCUAUCAAAAAUGACCCUUUAUCCUUCUCACCGUCAGCGAGCCUGCCUACUCUCACGGCGGAGAGGCUAAUCAAAGGUUUUAAUCUGAUGCCUAAAAGUGACGUCAAUGUCAUCUCUAAAGAAGGUUCUGAGGCUCCAAGACUCGUCGAGAGGGAAUUCAAUUUGCCGGCGGCGAUUGACCGUCGUGACUCCUCCGGUUCUCCUUCGCUUCAGGAUUUCGGUCACCAUGCUGGUUACUACAAACUCCCUAAUUCAAAAGCAGCAAGGAUGUUCUACUUUUUCUUCGAGUCAAGAAGCAACAAAGCCGAUCCAGUGGUGAUUUGGCUCACCGGUGGUCCAGGUUGCAGCAGCGAACUGGCUCUGUUCUACGAGAACGGACCUUUCACCGUCACCAAAAACUCAUCUCUUGCUUGGAACGAAUUCGGAUGGGACAAGGCCUCGAAUCUUAUCUACGUGGACCAACCGGUCGGGACCGGCUUCAGUUACACAUCGGACGAAAGUGAUCUCCGACAUGACGAGGAUGGCGUCAGUAAUGAUCUUUACGACUUCUUACAGGCGUUCUUUAAAGAGCAUCCGCAAUUUGUGAAGAAUGAUUUUUACAUUACCGGUGAAUCCUACGCCGGACAUUACAUUCCGGCGUUGGCUUCAAGAGUUCACCGUGGUAACAAGAACAAAGAAGGAACUCACAUUAACCUCAAGGGUUUCGCAAUUGGUAACGGUUUAACUAACCCGGAGAUACAAUAUGGUGCGUAUGCUGAUUACGCGCUAGACAUGAAGCUAAUCUCACAAUCUGAUCACGAUAACCUCGGCCGAAAUUUCGCAGCUUGUCAACAAUCCAUCAAAGAAUGCGGCGCUGAGGGUGGUGAAGCUUGUGCUUCUUCUUACGUUGUAUGCAACAACAUUUUCCAAAAGAUUAUGAAUAUCGCAGGAAACGUAAACUAUUACGACGUGAGGAAACAAUGUGAAGGAAGCUUGUGCUAUGAUUUCUCCAACAUGGAGAAGUUCUUGAACCAGAAAUCGGUUCGCAAGGCAUUAGGUGUGGGAGAUAUCGAGUUCGUUUCUUGCAGUACCGCGGUCUACGACGCAAUGCAGAUGGACUGGAUGCGGAAUCUUGAGGUCGGGAUUCCUCCUCUGCUCGAGGAUGGAAUCAAGAUGCUUAUAUACGCCGGUGAAUACGAUCUCAUCUGCAAUUGGCUCGGAAACUCCAAGUGGGUUCACGAGAUGGAAUGGUCAGGGCAGAAAGAGUUUGAGUCAGCCGCCACAGUUCCAUUCCAUGUAGACAGUAAAGAAGCCGGUUUAAUUAAGAACCACGGUUCACUCACUUUCCUCAAGGUCCACAAUGCUGGACAUAUGGUUCCAAUGGAUCAGCCAAAGGCAGCAUUGCAAAUGCUUCAGAACUGGAUGCAAGGAAAGCUCGGUACACCCACUGGUCGGACCGCUCGUCAGUGA